UAAAGUUUUAAACCGUAAGAUUUUAUUGUGUCGUAAUGUAAUUUUUAAAUUGAAUGAUUUUAAGUCAGUUGAUUCUCGCAACAACUACAACAUGUAUUGCUCAGAUUAUGAAAUUUUAAAAACAAUAUUACCCGUUGACACCAGCAUUGGUAACGACCUUAGUAGUUUAUCUAAUCCAAAUAAUAGAUUAAAUGAUUUAAUACAUGAGAGCAAUGCUAUAUCUAUUUUUACGGAUGGGAGUAAGGUAUCUUCGCGUUCUUAUGUCGGUUCUGCUUGUAUUUGUCCAGAAUUGAGUAUAUGUAUAAGAAAGAGUAUGCCAUGCGAGGCAUCUGUAUUUACGGCUGAAUGUGUUGCUUUGAGUGAUGCCUUAGAUGUUGCCUUGGAACAUAGAAGUCAUAGCUUUCUCAUUUUUUCGGACUCUUUAAGCGCUUUACAAAGUUUAAAAUCUAGUUUUCUUACUAUUAAAACUAAUCCGUACAUUUUUGAAAUAAAAGAAAAAUAUGUUAAAUUUUUUGCUAAUAAUUCUUACAAUAGUUUUAUAACAUUUUUUUGGGUUCCUUCACAUAACGGAGUCCGAGGAAAUGAGGAAGCUGAUUUUCAGGCUAAAUCAGCUACUGAAAAGGACUUUUUGGAUAUUUUAAGGAUUCCUUAUACUGAUUUGUACGAAUUGUUUAAAAAAAAGUCAUUCUCGCUGUCUACAGAUAUUAUAUUGGAACAAGGUCUUGUUAAGGAGCUAACCAUUACAAUCUGGCUGAAUCUCUGGCCCGUAUAAAUAUUGUCAAUAGAGCCCAGUGUAAAUGUGGAAAAAGUAAUGAAAACCUUAAUCAUGUUGUUUGGCAAUGUUCACUGUAUGUGAGGCAACGGUCAUCUUUACUUAAAAAGCUGUAUAAUAUGAAAAUUUUCUUGCCCUUGUGUGUAGAAAUGUUUUUAUCAGAACCUAAUAUUACUGUGUGUAAACUUAUAAUUAAAUUUCUGGAAAAUUGUAAUCUAAAGAUAUAAGUUUAAUGUAUGCAUAUAAACCUUUUAAGGUUUUCUUAACGCUUUAAAUAAAAAAAAAAAAAAAAAAAAAAAAAAAAAUAUUUGAAAUUAUCAGAGAAACAAUAUUAAAGGGUCUAAUUCUCAUUGGAAGAUAAUUAUUUUUCAUUGUAAGUAAAUAUUUUAAUGAAAAAAACAUUCUAAUUAAUAAUAAUUUUCUUGAAACUCUAUUACAAUGAAAAUAUUCUAUGGCCGGUUUGCCCCACCGAAAACUAGCCGCUUCGCCCCACAGGCUCAUUUUGAGAAUAAAUAUUUGUUUGAAAGAAACGCUUUGCAAAUUCAUCAAAGUUUUUGGUUGUAAAUAUUCCUGAGGUGUGUAUCUUCAAAACC